CGCGGAGUAGGACAACACGGGGACGCAGUGUCGUGUGCCGCGGGGACCAGGACUCGGCGAGCCUCGUAGAGCAGCUCCACGAGCUCCGCGCGCGGGCCUGGGAAGAGAGAGAGAAACAACACGCGGUGACCUCCCUGACCUUGCAGGUGUCCGCGAUGGCUCUCCUGCAACGAGGGUGCUUCUGCUGCGAGCUGCGGACGUGCGUCCGGAUCCAGGCGUGGCUCGGCUUGCUGGGGGCGAUCCUCAACAUCGCCGUCGGCGUGCUGCUCCUCGCCAUCAUGGCGGACCUCAUCCCCCAGGAGCACCUCCCGGAGCAGCUGCGCACGCCCAGGCUGCCCUCCAACAGCAGGAGGGCUGCCGUGGCCGCCGCCAUCCGCACCAUGAAGAUCCAGCAAGCGCUCGCCGGGUCCAUAGCGCUGCUCAACGGCCUCAUUAACCUGGCCAUCGACAUCGCGCUCAUCUACGGAUGCAAAAAGGAGAACCGGCGGCUCCUCAUGCCGGCGCUCAUCUGGUUCGCCUUCGCGCUGCUCUUCAUGCUGGUCAUGAGCAUCGUCGCCAUCAUCACCACGCCGGUCAAGAUCGCCGCCAUCGCCGCCCUCGGCUCCGUGCCCAUACUAGGUCUGUCGCUCUACUUCUGGCUUCACAUCUUGAGCUACUACCUGGAGCUACGCGACGAGGACAGGGAGCUCAAGAGACAGACCCUCUGACGUCCAGCCUCCGCCCCGCCGCUCGCCGCUCCAUCUGCGCCCCCGUCGGCGACAGUGACCGCAGCUCGUCCUCCAGCUGUGUCCUCGGUGGUGGUGACCAUAAACACAGCGCGUCCUCGAGCUGGGACCUCGACUGUGACCGUGUCCACAGAGCGCCCUCCAGCUGUGUCCUCGGUGGUGACCGUGCCCACAGAGAGUCUUCCAGCUGCGUCUUCGGAGGUUGUCAUGACAACGGCGACCCCUUCAUCUGUAUCCUCUGUGGUGGCAGUGACCACAGAGCGUUCUCCAGCUGUGUCCUCGUCAGAACUGGUCAUUACAGCAGAGUCUCCUCCAUCUGUGCCAUCUGUGAUCCGUAGGACUUCGGUAAAGACCCGCCGCGACGCGUAGUUCGGGGUCAAUUUGGCGUUGGACAGGUCCUCUUGAUCUUUGGUACCGUCAACGUACCGCUGGAGAGUUGAUUUUGAGAGGCCAAACUCCUUCGCAGUGUGUCGAAUACUUUUCCCUGAUCGGACUGUUUUCACGGCCUCCGCGAUGGUUUCUUUGUCGAAAGUGGCAUUCUUCCUUUCCCCGGAUCUCUUUCGAGGCAUUUUCUGAGGAAAAAGCGUAAAAAAAUGCUUUGUUGUCAUUGUUACACUAAAAAGUUAACCUAAAAAACAAACGGGGCACAUUGGGACACUCAACCGGCUGUCCCAAUGUGCCCCGUUCGACCCUGUCCCAAUGUGUACCGAGAGACAUGCCAACGUGGACGCGGUCUAGCUCCCUAACCUCAAAACCGAGCGCGACACGACAAGACUCACAGACGGCCAUAGGACCAAGGUACACGCCCACGAGCUCGAAAUGGUCUUCCUACAAAUACUUCGAACGUUACAAAAGAAACAAACUUUGCUGAUCGUGCUGCUUUUACCUUGUUUUUCGUGGAUAAAAACUUUGCAUCCAGCUGCCUCCACCCUAGAUCGACGAGGUUGGUCACCGCCUUGUGGAAACGAAACAACUCGAGCUGGGCUAUAACCGAGAAUUAUUGGCAGAUUCUCCGACCACCGGAAGGCGGCAAAUUUGAAGGUGUCCCAAUGUACCCCGUGUCCCAAUUGACCCCACCUUCCCUUACUCAUGCAAUGCCAACGGUGUUAGCGCCGGCAGCGCCUUUGCCAUCUGCGCCCCCAUCGAUGACAGUGAUCCCAGUGCUGAGUGAACCCGCGUCCACGGCGCCACCUCCGUACACAGAGUCCCUAGCGCCUGUCCUCGUGGCGGCAGCACAACCUGAAGACCCGCCCUCUGUGUCCGUGUCUUCCGAGCCUCAACCCCCCGGUGCGUUUGUGACGCCAACGUCCGUGUUGACUCCACCUCCACCAGCUGUGCCGACCGCGGGGCCGCCGUCAGUGCCGUCAGCGCCAACAGUGACGUCAGGUGCCGCGUCUACGGCAUUCUGAGCCAAAUACUGAACUCAUGUCAGCGAUCGACGCGCGACAGACCAAAUCGUUCCAGCUCCACCCGUGUCCGCUCCUCUAGCUUCUCUGAGGCAUUAUUGUACAGCACAAACCAGCCAGCCCUGAUUGUAACCGUCGAUAACCCUCCAAUAAAAGUAAUACAUUUU